AUGUAUGAGUUGAUCAUGACCAAUAUAGUAAGCUAUAUUCUGGUAGUGGCAGUGGUUACAUGGUGGGGAUGGAGAAUUCUUGAAUGGAUUUGGUUCAAGCCCAAGAGAAUGGAGAACCAUCUUAGAACCCAAGGCUUUAAGGGGAAUCCUUAUAGGGUCUUGUUUGGAGACCUCAAAGAUUGCAACGCCAUAACCAAACAGAACCGGACCAACCCUAUUUCAAUCUCAGACGACAUUGUUCCUCGUCUCGUCCCCUUCACUCACAAAAUCAUCAACACUUAUGGAAAGAAAACAUUCAUGUGGUUUGGAAACAUACCAAGAGUACACAUUACAGAGCCGGAUCUAAUGAAGGAGGUGUUGUCGAAGAAUUUUAACUAUAUCAAGCCGAAGACCAACCCCUUCAUAAAACUGUUGAUCGAUGGACUUUCAAACCAUGAACACGAUCAAUGGAUCAAGCAUAGAAAAAUUAUCAACCCGGUUUUUCGUAUGGAGAGGAUAAAGCUUAUGGUUCCAGCAUUUCAUGUGAGUUGCCUUGAGAUGAUAAGUGCAUGGGAAAAGGAAUUGAAAGUGUCCAAAGAAGUGGAUGUUUGGCCAUAUUUAUACAAAUUGACAGCCGAUGUGAUUUCGCGAGCUGCAUUUGGUAGCUCCUAUGAAGAAGGAAGGAAGAUAUUUCAGCUUCUAACGCUACAAGCUAAUAUCGUCAUUCCACUUUUAAACGAACUAUACAUCCCGGGAUGGAGGUUUCUUCCAACAAAGAGAAACAUGAGAAUGAAGAAGAUAGCUAAACAAUUGGAACAUCUACUCAUUAAUGUAAUCAAUAAAAGAGUGCAUGCCUUAAAAAAUGGUGAAAAAAACAAUCAAGACUUGUUAACCAUAUUAUUAGAAUCCAAUUUCAAUGGAAAACAAGAUGGGAAGUUAAUGGUGAUGACAAUGAAUGAGGUAAUCCAAGAAUGCAAACUCUUCUACUUUGCUGGACAAGAGACUACUGCAACUUUACUUCUCUGGACAAUGGUUCUUUUGGCUCAACACCAAGAAUGGCAACAUCGAGCUAGAGAAGAAGUCUGUAAUGAAUUUGGAAAGGAAGGAAAACCCAAUUUUGAUGGACUUAAUCGCCUUAAGAUUGUUACAAUGAUAAUAAACGAGGUGCUAAGGCUCUAUCCACCUGUGGCUGAACUCACUAGAAUCACUGCGAAAGACAUGAAACUAGGAGAAUCGCUUCAUUUGCAAGCUGGGACAACAAUAUCAUUGCCCAUAGUGUUAUUUCACCAUGAUAAAGAGAUGUGGGGGGACGACGCAAAAGAAUUCAAGCCAGAGAGAUUUGCAAAUGGAAUAUCGAAUGCAACAAAAUGUCCCGUCUCCUAUUUCCCUUUUAGUUGUGGGCCAAGGGUUUGUAUCGGCCAGAAUUUCACUUUAGUAGAGGCUAAGAUGGUGGUGACCAUGAUUCUUCAACGUUUCUCAUUUGAGCUUUCCCCAACUUAUGCCCAUGCUCCUUGUCCCGUAGCCACUACUCAGCCUCAAUUCGGUGCUCCCUUGAUUAUGCGUCAAUUAUAG